AUGGACGCCCAAGCCUACCUCAUGCGCCACGGCUGGUCCGGCCCCGGCAACCCUCUAAACCCCAAUCGACGCCCCGGCACACACAGCGGCCUCGGUCUGACGCGCCCUCUGCUGGUAUCUCGCCGCGAAAACAAAAUCGGAAUAGGGAAAACCUCGACCAAAGAUCCUACGAAUCAGUGGUGGUUACGCGGGUUUGAGGAGGCGUUGAGAGGGGUUGGCACAGAUGGGACGGCGAGUCCGAACACGGCAGUGGGCGGAUUGGCGAGGGAGGAGAAUACGUUGACGAGGAAUGGAAGUCAGUUGUAUAAGUUUUUUGUUAGGGGGGAGGUUAUUCCUGGGACGCUUUCGGAUAAGAAGAAGGCUGUCGUUUUGGAGGUGAAGGGGGAAAUAUCGAUCAAAGAUAAGGUGAAGAAAGAGAAGAAAAGGAAACGGGACGGGGAGGAAGAUGAUGAGAGCAGGAGGUUGAGGAAGGAGAAGAAGAGAAGCAAGAAACAGAAAACGGAAAGUUCUGGGAGCGCAACUCCCGCGGAGCAAGACUCGGACUCGCGCAAAGCUAGGAAGAAGGAAAAGAAGGAGAAGAAAUCCAAGAAGGAGACAUCGUCCAGGAAUGAUAACUCGGCUUCAGACGAAGUUGAUACUGCGCAGCCAACGGAUUCGAAAGAACGGAAACGAAAGAAGAAGCGUACUGAAGAUGGUGAUCAAGAUAUUGAUGCGGAUAGAAAAGCAGAGAAACGCAAGAAGAAAAAGGCUCGUCUCUCUGAAAACGGGGAGCAAGCCACACCCGAUUUGUCUGUGGAGGAUAAAGCAUCCAUGAAACCGGUCGAAAUAGAGACGAAGAAAAAGAAGUCGAAAUCGAAAGACAAAGGAGACAAGGAGGAAAGGGAAAUGAAAGAUAAAGAAAAGAAGAAACGGAAAGAUAAAGCCGGUUAG